AUGUUGCUAUCCACAAGCCAGAUGUCACAUAUACAUAGUUUAGAUAAAAACCGACCAGCUAUUACAAUCUCAGAUAGUACAUUAGAAUAUGUAAAUGUAAGUAAGCUUCUUAGUGUCCAUUUCCACCAGCAUCUUAAUUGGGAUGAGCACGUGAAAGCAACGUGAAAGAGCUGUUAUGGAACAAGACAAAUAAUAAGAAAACUUAAGAACUUUGCUGGUUAUAGACUCAGAAAGCACUUAGUGGAGUCACUGGUGCUAUCAAAACUUGACUAUUGUGACACUGUCUAUUACCCUUUGCCGGAAUUUCAACUAAAACUUUUACAACGUGUCCAGCUAAUAGCUGCGAGUUUUGUCCUG